AUGCUUGCUCUGUGCACAGCCCUAGCCGGGCUGCUGCUCCUGCUGCCCCUGCUGGGGAACCUGCUUUUCCCCUACUGGUGGCAGGACCUGGUCGUAUCACUGUCCAUCAUCCACAAGGGAUACAGAUGUCUGCGUCGGCUCCAGCGCCGCCCUCCCCUCACCCUGCUCGAUACCUUCUUGGAGAAGGUGCGGAGCCACCCGGAGAAAGCCCUGCUGCUUUUCGGGGAGGAGGUCUACACCUACCGGGACAUAGACCGGCGCAGCAGCCAGGCGGCUCGGGUCCUGCGGGACGGCGUGGGGCUGCGGGAAGGGGACGCGGUGGCCGUCUUCCUGCUGAACGUCCCCGCCUACCUCUGGGUUUGGAUGGGGCUGGCGAAGAUCGGCUGCGCCAUGGCGUGCCUGAACAGCAACAUACGCGCCAAGUCCCUGCUGCAUUCGCUCGGUGCCUGCGGGGCCACGGUGCUGCUGACCACCCCAGACCUCAAAGCCGCUAUUGAGGACGUUCUGCCCAGCCUGCAACAGAAAGGGAUCCGGGUUUUCUACCUGAGCGCCGAGUCCCCCACCAGUGGCGUGGAGCCUCUCCAGGGCCAGAUAGACGCCGCCUCCGAGGAGCCGAUCCCCAUCGCUUUCCGAGCCAACGUCACCAGCAAAUCCACUGCGCUCUACAUUUACACCUCGGGCACCACAGGACUCCCGAAAGCUGCCAUCCUCACCCACUUGAGGGUGUGCAACAUGGUGACCAUGUUAUACAUAAGUGGCGUGAAAGCCGAGGACGUGAUCUACACCCCUCUGCCGCUGUACCAUUCGGCUGCACUGCUCAUUGGACUUGGAGGAUGCUUGGAGGUUGGAGCCACCUGCGUCUUGCGUCCCAAGUUCUCCGUCUCCCAGUUCUGGGAUGACUGCCGGCGAUACCACGUCUCUGUGAUCCAGUACGUAGGGGAGGUGAUGCGCUAUCUGUGCAACGCGCCCAAGAGGGAGAACGAACAAGAGCACAAAGUGCGGCUGGCUGUGGGUAACGGCCUGAGGGUGGAGGUCUGGAAGGAAUUCCUCCAGCGCUUUGGGCCCAUCUGCAUCUGCGAGUUCUACGGGGCCACAGAGGGGAACACUGGGUUCGUUAACUACACGGGGAAGAUCGGAGCGGUGGGAAGGGCCAACUUCAUCCAUAAGAUGCUCGCGCCCUUCGAGUUGAUCCGGUACAACGUGGAGCAGGAUGAACCCGUGCGAGAUGAGAGAGGGUGCUGCAUCCGAGUCCCCCCCGGUGAGGCAGGGCUGCUGGUGGUGAAGAUAACGAAGAGCGCCCCGUUCAACGGCUACGCAGGCGACCGCCAGAAGUCGGAGAAGAAGGUCCUGAGGGAUGUGAUGAAGAAAGGAGACCUCUACUUCAACAGCGGAGACCUCCUCAUGGUGGACCACGAGGGCUUCAUAUAUUUCCAGGACCGUGUGGGAGACACGUUCCGCUGGAAAGGAGAGAACGUUGCCACGACGGAGGUGGAGACAACGCUGGUGGCAGUGCAGUUCAUUCAGGAAGUCAACGUCUACGGGGUGCCGGUCCCAGGACACGAAGGCAAGAUUGGAAUGGCAGCAAUACGACUGAAGGAGGGGAUGGAUUUUGAUGGUGAAAAACUCUACACACACGCCAAGGAUUUCUUGCCAAACUACGCCAUUCCUCGCUUUGUCCGCCUGCAGGACGCUCUGGAGGUCACGGGGACGUUCAAGCAGUGCAAAGGGCAGCUGGUGAAGGAGGGGUUCAAUCCAGCUCUCAUCAAGGACCCCCUGUUCUUCCUGGAUGAAUCGGAGAAACGUUUUGUGCCCAUGAGCCCUCAGAUCUACAGCUCCAUCCUGGACAUGAAACUGAAACUCUAA